UAUUGGUCUGUUGAGUGCAUAGGGACAUCCUGCUCUCUGUUGGCUACUCUCAUGUCCAACACGCUCUGACAAAUACAAAGUAUCUCUCCUAAGAAUUCAGCCACUCCUACUGACAAGGAGGGCCUCUCUCUUUCUCUCUCUCUCUCUUUCUCUCUCUCUCUCACUCUCACUCUCACUCUUUCUAGUGUCCCUCCCACUCACUCCCUGCCUUUUCUCCGAAAGCCCUCAGAAUCUUGUGGUCAUGUUGUCGACCAGCUGGUUGUGGGGACUGGGGCUUUGGCUGUGUGUGUGUGGGGGGUUCCCUGGCCCUGUGCAAGGAGACCGUGUGCUGGCCAUGCCUGUGGACGGGAGCCACUGGCUCAGCAUGAAGCUGCUGGUCAAGGAGCUGGCAGUCAGGGGCCACGAGGUCCUGGUGCUGGCACCCGAGACCAGUCUGCUCAUCCAGGGCUCGGAGAAGCAGCCGUACCGCACCGAGAGCUUUCCCGUGCCGUACACGGCGGCCGGCCUGGCCCAGAGCACCGAGUGGCUCCGCGAGAGCGUCUUCUACCGAACGCCGCCACUCGCCGAGAUCACCACCAACGUGGAGCGGCUGCUCAACUUCACCAGCACGCAGGUAAGGGGCUGUGAGGCGCUGCUCUACAACCGCCCGCUCAUGGAGCGUCUGCGCGGCCAGGACUUCCAGCUGCUGCUCACCGACCCCUUCCUGCCCUGCGGCUCCAUCAUCGCCGACGCCCUGGCGCUGCCCGCCGUCUACUUCCUGCGGGGGAUGCCCUGCGGUCUGGACGUGCAGGCCCUGCAGUGCCCGUCGCCGCCCUCCUACGUGCCGCGCUACCGUUCCGACAACACGGACCGCAUGGGCUUCCUGGAGCGCGCCAAGAACUUUGUGAUGAGCGGCGUGGAGCUGAAGCUGUGCGGCGUCAUGUACGCCAGCUUCGACGAGCUGGCCGCGCGCUACCUGGGACGGCAGGUGACCUACCGCGAGCUCCUCGGUCAGGGCGCCGUCUGGCUCCUACGCUACGACUUCACGCUUGAGUACCCCCGGCCCCUCAUGCCAAACAUGGUGCUCAUCGGUGGCAUCAACUGCGUGAGGGACCACGGCCUCUCGGCGGAGCUGGAGGAGUUUGUGGAGGGAUCUGGAGAACAUGGCAUCGUGGUCUUUACCCUGGGUUCGAUGGUGGAGUCUAUGCCAGCAGAGAAAGCUGCCAUCUUCUUCUCAGCCUUCAGCCAGAUUCCUCAGAGGGUUCUGUGGCGCUACUCCGGGCCUGUUCCAGACCAUGUCCCAGGAAAUGUCAAAGUGAUGAAGUGGCUGCCGCAGAAUGACCUUUUAGCCCAUCCCAAGGCCAGGGCCUUCAUCACUCACGGUGGGACUCACGGGAUCUACGAGGGAAUCUGCAACGGCGUUCCCAUGGUGAUGAUGCCACUCUUUGGUGACCAGAACGACAACGCUCACCGCGUAGCCCACCGCGGAGUGGCCGUGGUACUCAGCAUCUUUGAUGUGACUUCGGAAGCCCUUGUAGAUGCCCUGGAGAAGGUCAUCAAUGACAGCAGUUACAUGGAGAACAUGCAGAAGCUGUCGGCCAUACACAAUGAUCGGCCCAUAGAACCCCUGGACCUCGCUGUUCAUUGGACGGAGUUCGUCAUGAGGCACAAAGGGGCGGACCAUCUGCGUCCAGCUGCCCACCACCUCAACUGGAUCCAGUACCACUCUUUGGAUGUGAUUGGCUUUCUGCUGGUCGUGGUAGCAACUGUUGUCGUGGUGAUGAUUACGUGCUGCGCGGUGUGUCUGCGGAGGUGCUGCAGAGGCUCUAAGAAGACAAAGAAGGAUUGACAGACCAGACAGACUCUACAAGCAUUAAGAGCUCUUCUGAAAACAUGCACUGGAUGUUCACAAUCACGUGGGACUACUACUGGGCCUGAGUUGCAUAGAAAUACAAACCUGUCAGCCAUAGCUGGUUUAUUUGAGGAGAUUACACACAACUGACUAGCUGUUUAAAACAACAAAUGUAAUGUCAGACGGGCUGUGUAAUAUCAUGUAAUAUCGUGCACACUUUUUACCUGCUAACUCCCUUCAGGAGGCAGUAACCGGAAAAGUUGUGGGUUCAAUUCCCGGCUUUCAUGUUAACCGUUGACUUAACCCCGAGUUGUCUCUCUGGGGAGAAUGGCCCUUGUAAUAUAAUUGGCAUAUGUAAGUCGCUUUGUCUGUUAAAUAAAUACAUGUAAAUUUAAACUUACUACUUUCUCAAGAUUCAUAUCUCUCUUUAAAGCUCGUCAACUACUCAGUGCUAUGGUGUCAGCCCCAUUUUUUGGCAACUCUUCGGAGGUCCCCAUCACAUAUGGAUGACAUCAGUUUUUAAUGUGAUGAUAUGUCUAUGCUGGCUACUAAAUGAAAGAUAAACCAAAACUAUAU